AUGCACGUCUACCCCGAGCGCCGGUUGCUUCAAGGAAUGGAGAGCGAGAUAUGGAAGCUGGUCUCCUACAGCGCCACACCACAACAAUGGAAGGAGUGGCUUCGGAUGCCGCUGGAGCAUGCAGCCGCCCGAGGUAACCUGAACCUCGUCAGCUCGCUGCUCGGGGCUGGUGCGGACGGAAGCGCGGGAUGGAGAGGUUGCCGCGGCCGUACUCUUAUCGAUGCAGCUGCUCUCGGUGGAAGCGAGCCUGUUGUAUCUACCUUGCUGCGAGCAGGAGCUCAGUGGGAUGUGAACGUCGUGUCUGUGUCGAGCAAGAGGUCGGCUCUGUACACGGCGACGAUGUGCGGCCACGAAGACGCAGCCAGGCGCUUGGUUGCAGCGGGAGCGGACGUGGAUUUCGAGGACCCUGUGCACGGGAACCCUGUCCUCCACGAGGCAAUCUUGGGUGGGCACAUACAGUUGGUGAACGACCUUCUGUUGGUCGGACCAGAUCUGGACUCGCGGGAUGAGUAUGGAUGCACUCCCCUCCAUCUUGCUGCUAUCAGAGGACUUGAUAGGGUCGUGUCUACCCUCUUGCUCCAAAGUGAAGUGUACACGGAUGCUCUCGAUGAUGACGGCGUGACGCCACUCAUGGAAGCAUGCGGGUUUGGCCAUCUGUCCGUCGUGAACACUCUUUUGACUGCCGGCGCCGAUGUCACCAUCCGCGAUAACUGCGACCACUCUGCGCUCGACAGCGCCAGUAGAUUUGGCCACAUUGACGUCAUUAGAGCCCUUGUUAGAUAUGGGGCGGACGUGAACGCUGGUGGCGAUGAUGUUUUUUCUCCACUUCACGUUGCUGCUCGAAGAAACCAGGCCGGUGCGAUAAAUGCACUGAUGCAGGCAGGGGCCAACAUCGAGUCCAGCGAGGGCGGUUCGUUGGCGCCCCCCCUGUUCUCUGCAACGGACCCGCGCAAUCUCAAAGCCAUGCACACUCUCCUGUGGCAUGGUGCAUCCUUGACAGCGCAAGACACCGAAGGAAACACGCCGUUGCACGUGGCGUGCUACCGGCAGCAUAAAGGCCUGGAGGCGCCCGUGGAUCUCUUGUUGCGAUGGGGAGCGGACGAAACAGCCCUGAAUAACGCUGGCAAGACUCCCGCAGGUUUGCUCGAUGAGCACGACAAUGAGAAUGAUAGAACAACAUGUUCCGAAGCCGAGAUCAACCGGGUGCGGAUGUUGCUGGCUCGGGCUCCGGCCGACCGAGCGUGGCGUCGCCGUUGCUGGCUCGUGAUGCUGCGCUCUUUCGCAAGGACAGCGAAAGCUACCACCGACGAAACCGGUGAUGCACAUGAAGGUUCCAACGAUGCUGGUGACAAGGAAUGGCGGGAAGAGCAAAGGGGCAAGGAAGGAGAGCUGGUGGUGGGGCACGCCUCGGAUGAACGGCGCCGGCGAAGGUAG